CGCCUUUCGAAGUACGAUUUGCUUUCUCUUUUUGAGAGUUUUUCUGUUCAACGCGUUAGGUGGAAUUUUGAAAAUUGAGUACUCAGGUACUUGAGGUUACAUGCCCCGCUCUUGAAAUCUAGAAAUAACAAGGAAUAUUUUGGAGCCGCAACAAGUGGGAAUAAAGGGAUAGAGCGCUCCCACCGACGACACGCCUCGCGCCCUUUGAAUCUUUUGCUUUUGGGGCACUUUUUCAAUCCGACUCGCAUGGGUGAAGAACUCAUUUCAAGAUGGCGACAUGGGGUUCCUACUUCGCCUCGUACGUGAAGAAGAAGGAGGAUCCUGUAGAUAAGACUGAGAAAGUGGAGGAGAAAAUAGUCGACACGCCAUCACCUGUUAAGGUUCAUCUCACCUCUGGGGAGAAUCAAAUUUUGGAGGAGGCUAACAAUUGGUCAUAGGUCAAUUCUGGAGUUACGCGAUCGAAUACAACAACGAAAAAGCUAUAUGGCAGUACUAUCGAGUUGACGGAGGAAAAGAGGGUAGAUGCGACGCAGCCGAUCGGGUCGAAUGCUGGGAGGAUGGCGAAGAUGUUUGGAUAUGAAAAACCAGCAACAACGAUGUCCAUGUCACAGGUUGUUAAUGACGCGAUACAGAAGUCAAAAAUUGAGGCACAAGCUGGGCCAAAGGUUGAGGAGACGGUCACGCCUCUACUUAUAACAUCGAUGCCCCAGAGAAAGCCUUCCAUGAUUUCUGCCGUUUCCCCAAGGACCAAGUCAGAUUUUCAAAGUACUAUUUUGCCAGCUGUAGAUAUGUCUCCGCUUCCUACAAUAGAGCCUCAAGCCACGGCAUUCCCAGGGUUCAUAAGAAGAAAAUUAUUUACUUCAAAAACAUCGGUAUCACUAGAUACCAACCAAGCAGAUCAAAUCAAAAAUAAUUCAACCAUCACCGGCACUUCGCUGACGGAAUCGCCGCUGGAAAUGAGAUCAACGAGUUUUCGAUCAUCAAAUCAAUCAUUAUCAUCCGUAUCAAAUCUGGAUGACGUGAUGAAAUCAUUGCAAGAAACGAAGGCGGAACCGCUGAGGAUGAGACUUUCGAAAGAGCGUGCCGCAAAAAACUCGUUGGAUAGCCUUAUGGCAGACUUGCAGUCGACUCCCGUAGAACCUGCUCCUAGAAGGCGAGGCACGAAGCAAUCUAUAUCUCUCGCUGCUACUCAGAAUUCUCUAGAUGACAUUAUGGCCGCGCUCCAAGGCCCAGUUAUAUCUGUACAAAAGCGGGGAUCGCGUCCGAGUGUGGCAUCGCAACUGUCCGCUGUGACAUCGCCAGAAUCACCAGCAGUACAGAGGAAAGCGAUCGCUGAUGUGAUUCGUGAUCGCCAAUCUUCAACUUCUGCCGUUUCGAUAGACAAUUCGGUGACGGAUGAGGAAGAAAGCGAGGAGUUUGUCGAGAGCAGGGCUUGGGCUCACGCCAGAUCAAUGUCUCAGUUCAAGAUGCAACAAGAUCUGAUGGAAGAGGAACGGUUGAGGAUGGAGGAGGAGCAGCUGAAAUUCCAACAACAAGAGAAACAGUUUGCAGAAGAGCAAGAGCAGCAGAGACUUUUCCUUGAAGAAGUUCGGCGAGCGCAGGAACAAGAAGAGUUGGAGGAAGCGGAAAGGGUAAGAAUUGCACAGAAAGAGGCCGACAGACUUGCUGAGGAGGAGAGAAUUAAACGAGAAAUCGAAGAAGAACGAAUCGCCAAGGAGGCGAAACUUUUGGCCGAAAUAAAUGAGAAGGAAGCUCAGGAGAAGAAGAGAUUGGCGGACGAGGCACGGAAGCGUGAGCAGGAAGAUAUGCAAAGGGAGGUGCAGCGAUUGAUCAAGGAAGAGGAAGACAGGAUACGGAGGGAGGAAGGAGGUUUGCCCAGUCCAGUCGACAAAAUAUUAUUCAACAAAGCCGGGAAUGAUUCAGAAAUCGAAAAUAACGACGACGAUGAAAGUCAGUAUUCCGAUGAGCUGGUAGAAAGCGAAGAUGAAGAAGACGAAGAUGCUCAGUUGGAACGGCUAGCAGCUGAGCGGAGAGAAUAUGAAGCUGAGAUGGAAGCAGCGAGGUUACGCGAUGAGAAAAUCAAUGCAGAAAAACCCGAAAAGCAAAGACAACGAGCUGAAAAGGAGAAAGCGUAUGAGUUACAAUAUCAAAGAGAGGCAGAAGAAGAGCGCAUUCGCUUGGAAAAAGGACAACCGGGCGGUGGGGACGUGGACGAGGAGGAAGAUGAGGCUUUGCUAUGUCAGGAAGAGGAACGAAAAAGACAAACACAAAAUCAUCGCAUGGCAUUGGACUCAGGAAGCAAGCCUAACCAAAUUGCAGACGAGGAGGCACAGCGUCUACUGUACGAGGAAGAGAUUGAGCGAUUACGACUUGACGAGAUAGAUGAACAGAGACGCCGUAACGAUGAAAUUAAACAGGAACGCAUACGCUUCAGAAAGGAAGAGGAAGAAAGGGAACGGUACGUUCAACAAGAAGCCGAGCGGGCUCGAUAUGAGGCCGAGCAACGGGAAGAGGCAGAGCUCCAAAAGAUUGCUGCUCGUUUACAAGUCGAGGAUGAGGCAGCUGAGAAGGAAGCAGAGUUGAGAAAAGCAGAGGAGAAAAUCCGAGCUGCAUUCUCUGGUUUGGCCAAGGAACGAGGGGAACUAGCGCCCAGUUUCCCAGAGCCGAAGCAGUCAGGGGGCUUUUUUGGAGGGCGAAGCAGUGGGAGAAGAUCUCGUGGAGCUCCUAAUGUACCUCCUAGCGCAUCUCCCAUCAAUCGGGCACCACCUGGGAGAAGUAACACUACUGGAUUCCCACCACCACAGGCUCGGGAGAUCCCAGAUGGUCUUGUAAGGGGGAACACAGUUGGCGGAGGAUCCGGCCGGCGUAAUGAUGCCCAGCGACCGCCCCCACCUCGUCCCACGAGAGGAAACGGCAAUUCACAGGAUAGAAACGACGGCGGCCGAUAUGAGCCUCCUCCAGGUCUUUUGAGAGGAAACACUGUGGGUGGAAGACCGCCUCCCACGCAGGCACCACCACGACCUGUUGCUAGAGGAAAUACCGUUGCUGGAAGGCCACCUCCGCGAGGAUUACCAAGUGGUCCAAGAGCUGGAGUUGGACUCCCGUCUGGCCCACGACCCAGACGAACGUAG